AUGAGCACUACAGGAAAUGGAGAUAAUCUACUAACUGCGUUGGUGUCUGGAUCUACAGCAGCUGCUGUUACAGCUACAGUAACUUAUCCAUUAGAUUUUAUGAAGACACAACAACAAUUAAAUAAUCAUGCAUUAAUGACUAAAUGGCAAGUACCAAGUAAUUUUCCUUCAAGUUUAGCUCAAUUAAGUAGAGGUUGUAGUGCAUUAGUAUUGGGAUCAGUUAUAAAGAAUUCAACAAGACUUAUAGCUUAUAAUUGGCUGUGUAAAUUUAUGGCAAUUGAAUCUCAUUCUUCACACGGGGUCAGUAAAACAAAGACUAGUGCUCCAAGAAUUGUUAUUGCUGGUUUAAUGAGUGCCUUUAUAGAAACAUUAUGGUUAGUCCCAUUUGAAAAUAUUAAAAUUUCAAUGGUUCAAAAUCAAAGUCUUUUUAAUGAAAUAACAAGACUGCCAAAUUCUGAUUUUACAGGUUCAGGAGUCGCUGGUAAACAUCAUAAAGCUCAUCUGUCUGUAUUUUCUAAACAAUAUGUUUCACCUCAUGCAUAUUAUACUAAUGAAGUAUUAAAUCAAUAUAAGGCUGGUAAACAUUAUUCAAAAUUCCAACCUCCCAGACCUCAUGAUCCACUUGAUGCUUUAAAGAUUCAUUAUAAUAAACAUCCUUCUUUAACCUUUUUAGGAACUGUUAAAGAAAUAUAUACAUUAAAGGGAUUGGGUGGAUUUACAGCAGGUACUUUUAUUACAUUUGGUCGUCAAAUUGCUAUAUCAACUGUAUGGUUUUCUACUUAUAAUGCUACUAGACAAUUUAUUGAUCCUCAUAAUACUGAACAAGGAUGGUUUGGUCAUAAUCAUACUGCUAUUCAACUGAUGGGUUUACAUAUUUUAUCUUCUAUUGCAGUCAUUGGAGUAACUCAACCAUUAGAUGUAAUUAAAUCUCAUAUCCAACUGAAAAAUGGUAAAACUAUAUAUAAAGAUUCUUUAAGUACUGCUUAUAGAUUGUUCUUAGAGCAAGGUCCAAGAUGCUUAUUUAAAGGUGCACUUCCUCGAAGUAUUAAAGUCUUAGUUAGUGGAGGUUUAACAGCAGCAGUAUAUGAAUAUGUAGAAAAACUUGUACAAGUUGCAGGAGGUCAAGCACUUUUCACAGAAUAA